AUGGUUCUACUGGUGGACGAUGAGAAAUGCCCAGCUACAGGUCUAGGCCGACUACGACCCAACACACUGGUCCUGGGCUUCAAGACCAACUGGAGCGAUGGACACAUGAGGGACGUGGACAUCUACAUCAACACAAUACACGAUGCUUUUGACCUCCAGUUUGGAGUGGUCAUCCUCCGGCUUCAGGACGGACUGGACAUCUCUCACAUCCCGGGCCAAGAUGAGUCAUCCUUGGAAAAGCCAGCUGGGACCGUUGCCAAGGAGAUGCCGGUGACUGUAAGCGUGGCUAAAGACUCAGACUCAGACUCCUGCCCCUCCAAGACCACCAGCCUCCAAAACAGCCCUAUGAUCAGCAGAGACAUCAAGUCACCUCUUAGCCUCAGAGACCAACGACUACUGGACACCAGCCAGCAGUUCAGGAAGAAGCAAGGCAAAGGAACCAUUGACGUCUGGUGGCUGUUUGACGACGGAGGUCUAACACUGUUGAUUCCAUACCUGUUGACCAAUAAGAAGAAGUGGGGCGACUGCAGGAUCCGUGUUUUUAUUGGUGGAAAGAUCAACCGCAUCGACCAUGACCGGCGAGCAAUGGCCACCCUUCUAAGCCGCUUCAGAAUCGACUUCUCUGACAUCAAUGUUCUGGGAGACAUCAACACCAAACCCAAAAAACACAAUAAACUGAGCUUCAAGGAGCUGAUUGAGCCCUACAGGCUGAAGGAGGACGACAUGGAGCAGGCUGAAGCCGAGCACCUUAAGGCUCUGGAGCCCUGGAGGAUCAGCGACAAUGAGCUGGAGCUGUACAGGGCCAAGACCAACCGGCAGAUCCGACUGAACGAGCUGCUCAAGGAACAUUCAAGCUCAGCCAAACUAAUCGUCAUGAGUCUGCCCCUCGCCAGAAAGGGGACCAUCUCUAGCGCCCUCUACAUGUGCUGGCUGGAGACACUAUCCCGAGACCUGCCUCCUGUCCUACUGGUCAGGGGGAACCACCAGAGUGUCCUCACAUUCUACUCCUAACACACACACACGCUCAAAACACACACACGUGCAAAAGACACAAUACACACACACGCGCAAAUCACAUGCACGCAAAACACACACACGCAAAACACACACGCACGCAAAACACUCACAAGCAAAACACACACACAAGCAAAACACACACACACGCAAAACACACACACACACACACACGCAAAGCAUGCACACACAAGCAAAAUACACACACAUACACAAGCAGGAUAAAUGCAGGUGCCUUCAUAAAUUAGAGCCUAGAGGCUUUUUUGCUGUCUGGCUACUAUAGUGUUGGUUCAUUUUAAGAGGACAUAAGGAUGUUACAUAUUGUUUGCACUGUAACAUUACAAAUAAGGAUCAGAAAUGUUUUAAAAAGCCAGUUUAUAGAGAUACUAAUUUAAAUGGAUGUUUUACAGCUACCUCUCUUUAAAGAGGUAUAUUUAUAUUGCUAUAUAUUUAUGUGAUAGAUUAAUGAUUCAAUUUCUUUUUUUAUGUAUUUAUUUAAUAAUGUUUAUUAUACUGCUUUGACGGUGAACAAUAUUGGGUUAAUGGUGUUGUAUACAUUCUAAUCCUGUGUAAUCUUGCAUUGUUUUCCUACUGGAUCACGAUAAGUUAAUCAGUUGUUUAAUGUUUUCUUGACGGGAAAUGGAGACUGAAAGUUGCAACAUAUCGUGGUGCCCCACAAUGUAAUGGGGCUGUUUGGCUUAAAUGUUAUCAAUUACAGUUUAUUCAUGUUCGGACAUUGUAAAGAUUUAACAUGUAAUUAUGUGUACUGUGUAAGGGUGGUUGUUUUAUGGUGGAAGAUAGUUUGAGUUUGUCUAAAUUAUGGUUGCCCCCAAAUAAUAAUUAUAAAAAUACAAUUAUGCAUAAAGUUUUGAAGUCUUGCGUGUCUUCUUGAAGAUAAUCCUGAACCUUACUUGCUAGCCUCACAAAACCAGCCUUAUCAGGUUUGGGAUAUUAGUUUUGAGAAGCCCACCAAACAACAUUCAGCCAAUCAGCGAACGCAAGUCAGUGAUGUAUUCUAUACCAACAUAUUUUUCAACACAUACAGCUCUUUUUUUAAUCUUAUUUUAUGUACAGCCCUAACCACAAAUCUCUAACUGUCUUUGUUAUCAGUCUUUGUUAUCAGCAUUAACUUGGUAGCUAGAAGUGUAAUGCUUGUAUUUAAAAAUGCAUAUAUAAAUAUAGAUUUUUUAAUAUUCACUGCAGAAUGAUAACGACAUGAUUAGUACAAUUCAUGUCAAUUACCUAACUAGAAAGUAAGGGAAAUUAUGGUUGCUGUGGUAAGUGAUUGAGUCCAGUGGUAGCAGUUAUCAACGGCUUGACCUUCGUGGGUGCGUUACAUGUUUCCAUGGUAACAGC